AUGGUUACAAGUUACAAAUUAUAUACAGUGGAAACAAUGGACUUUCUAAGAAGAAUAUUUGGCAUACCAGAUCAAGACGAUUUCAGCAGGUUCUCCAGAAAUAAUCCAGCGCCAAAUUCUGAAUCUUUUAUCAACAGAGAUGACACGCCUAGGGAUGAAUUUCCUAGAAAGGGUUUUGACAUAUUUACUGACCCCUUCCAGAUGCAACAAUAUUUUGAGCAGGAAAUGAAUGAGAUGCUGAAGAGAUUUGGAUUCCAAGGAAUUGGUGAUUUCUCCUUUGACCAUCCUAGCAUAGAACACCCCAGUGGGGAAUUUGGAAACACUCCAUAUAGUUCACUGAGAGAUCAGUUUCUGAAAAAUGGCUAUGAAAAACCAUCAAAAAGAAAUUCUGAUAAAGUAGAUCAAGAUUUGGAUGCUAAGGUGAAAUCUGGAGAUUUAGAUUCCAUUUUGAGUGGAGAAUUUGACAAACAGAUAUCCCCUUAUGAAAUGCCACAAUCUAAGAGUUUUUUUUAUGGAACAAGUCAUACUAUGAAAACAGUUACCAACCCUGAUGGAUCUGUAGAGACCCAUCAUACAACAAGAGAUAAUCAAGGUAAUGAGGAAACAACCAUUUGCCAUAAAAUUGGAGAAAAGGAAUAUUGUGUGAUGACAAAAAAAGAUAAAAGUGGAAAGGAAGAAGUAACAGAGCAAUUUGUCAAUAUGGAUGCAAGUGAAAAAGAUCUAUUCUUGAAGUCAAGCAAGCCUAAAAUCAAUAGUGGGACUGAUGGAAAAUUUCCAUUUGACAAAUUUUUCAAAUGA